AUGGCUGACCACAUCCAGAAGAAAGCCCUGAAUCCAGAGGCACAUAACUUCAGCCCCGCUCAACUGGAGCAGAACGCCCAGAGCCGCAACCCGGGCAUCCACCCCCUCAUCCUCUGGGAGCAGGAGGAAGCGGACAAGGCCAAGGCCGCUGCCGCUUCUGCACCCAUCGACGUCAAAGCCAUGAUGAGCAAAGUGGACCGCAAGAACUGA